AUUUUGAGUUUUCCCAUCAAAUCCCUCAUUUUCCACCCUCUCAACUUACUUCAUCACCCUCCUUUAUUUUCCCUAACACCAUCACUCUCUCUGUUCCGGUGAGAAGGGCCACCGUUGCGCCGGCACUGCAGCCGUACUUCCCCUGCACUCCAAAAUUAUUCCGCUGACGUUUCUUCCGUUCAGUUUCCCUUUUUUUCACUUCUUCCGUUUCCUAUUCAUACAAGGAAUAAGCAAAAUUAUCAUCAUUUUGUUAUGGAACUUCGAGAGAUAAGAGUAAAUACAUUAUGAAUGAAAAGGAGAAGAAUGGAGGGUGAGUUGGUGCAGCAGCAGCAGCAGGAGAGAUUGAAUCAGGCAUUGCAGCAGCAGCUAAACCUAGAACAAGUAAAGACGCGUGCUAUCAGCCUGUUUAAAGCCAUAUCGAGGAUUUUGGAAGAUUUCGAUGCCUAUGCUCGUACCAACACCACUCCCAAAUGGCAAGAUAUUCUUGGUCAAUAUUCUAUGGUCAACCUCGAGCUCUUCAACAUUGUUGAUGAUAUCAAGAAAGUCUCCAAGGCAUUCAUAGUCUAUCCCAAAAAUGUCAAUGCCGACAAUGCUACAAUACUCCCUGUUAUGCUUUCCACAAAACUACUUCCUGAAAUGGAGACGGAGGACACCUCCAAGAGAGAUCAGUUGCUUCAGGGGAUGCAGAACCUCCCAGUUGCCACUCAAAUUGACAAGUUGAAGGCUAGAAUUGAUAUGAUUGCUGCAGCCUGUGAAGGUGCUGAAAAGGUAUUGGCGGACACUCGUAAAGCUUACUGCUUUGGAACUCGUCAAGGCCCUUCCAUUGCCCCCACUCUCGACAAGGGUCAGGCUGCCAAAAUUCAAGAACAGGAAAAUCUACUCCGAGCCGCCGUCAAUGUUGGUGAAGGAUUACGGCUGCCUGUAGACCAGAGGCAUAUAACUUCUUCACUUCCGAUGCAUUUGGCCGAUGCAUUCACUGUCAACGAGGCUGCACAACCUUUUCCUGAUGGGUCUAGCAAUAAUGUAUAUAUGAAGAAUACCCCCAUGUCAUCAAAUAAUAUGGGAGGCCAGAAUUCGAUGUUACAGACAUCAGGAACACAACUUCUGGGAAGAUCAGCUGCAUCUCCUUCUGCUGCAACAAGUGCCACUUCUUUUGACAAUACAACAGCUUCACCAAUUCCAUAUGCUAAUUCACCUAGGUCUUCUACAAAUAUGAUGAAUACGCCUUCUCCUCAGCAGCAAACAUCACAACUGCAGCAGCAACAACCAACAGCACAGCAACAGCAACAGCAACGACAGAAACUGAUGCAGCAGUUACCUCAACAGCAGCAACAGCAACUUCUUGCUCAGCAGCAGCAACAGUUCAGGCAAUCUGCAAUGCAAGGAAUGGGUCAGAUGCAAGGGCAACAUCAGAUGCAAUUUUCUUCACAACUUGGGCAUCAGCAAUUUCAGAAUAGGCAGCAGCUUUCUUCGGCGCAUAUGCAGCAUGGCCUUGGUCAAACCCAACUCAAUCAAGGAAAUCAGAUGACUCGUUUAAGCCAGUUUUCUGGUCAUGCUAACAGUGCAUUAUUUAGUGCUGCUCAAACAACACCAAAUACCCAGAUGAUUCCCAACAUUUCAGCCGGUAUAUCUUCACAGUCUCAUCUGCCACGGAUGCAGUUCGGAUUAUCUGGAAACAAUCCUCAGCGAAGUCAUCCUUCCCAAAUGUUGAGUGAUCAAAUGUUCAACAUGGGAGGUGGCAACCCUGGUGGUAUGAUGUCCUUACAACAGCAGCAACAGCAGCAACAACAACACAAUUCACAAGGUGCAUUUGGUGGCAUGGCAUCAAAUGCUCAGAAUCUACAAUCUGGUAUGAUGACACUUCAGAACACACAACAGAAUCAUCCCAAUUUCUCUCAACAGAGACAGCAAAAUCAACAGUGAUAGGACUGGGCAUGGUUGGAUUCGGUUUAGAAUGAAUUAUCAAACCAUGUUGCUCUAGAAACAUGGUUCACAAAAACAGAAGCAAACUGUUUUGUUCUUUUCUUUGUUCUUUUGGAUUGUCAAACUGUUACGAUUUUGUAAAAUAGAGCUCAACUGGAAAAAUAUUAAGAUGUGCAGAUUAGAGUUUCA